GAUGUAUUUUGUGGUGAUGGUGAAGUCCCGCUGGUGAGGUCGUCCGUUAUAAAUUUGGGCCGCGGGUGUAAGGAAAUCACAGCCUGCACAGGAGGACACAGGGUUACAUCUAAAGAUCGAGAAGAUCCAGACAUGAAGCCAUACAGCAUCGCAGCCAUCGGCAUUCUCCUCUUCGCCUUCUGCUCGGUGACUUUCAGCCAGAACAGUCACGGGCCACAGAAGUGCUGCUUCAGCUACACAAAGACAAAAAUCCCUGUGGCAAUGGUUGAGCAUUUUGAGAUGACCAGUCCUGCAUGCAGCAAGCCAGGAGUCAUAUUCCACACAACCAAGCAGAUAGAGAAGUGUGCUAAUCCAGAAGACAAGUGGGUUCAGAGGCUGAUAAGCAUGAAGAGCUAAAUGUCAACAUCACUCUGACUGAUUCUGAAGAUUGAGGUUGCAAGAUAAAAUCCUAUAAGCUGCCUGGCGGUCAAGCCUGCUGUCCUUCUUAUAUGGUGUAAAACAAUAGAUUUGCACCAGCUUUUAUUAAUAUCAUGACGUUGUAAAAUUUCCAUACUUAUUUAAUUGUUCUAUUUUUAUAUUGUUAUUUACAUUUGAAAUAAUAACAAUAAAACCAUUUUGGAAUUUGA